GUGGAGGGGGCUGGGCUUGUGACGUAGAGACCAAUGACAGGACAGGUAGCAACAGGUGAGCAGGACACACACACACGGACACACACAGACGCACACCGAACCGGAGAGCCCAGGCCCAGCACCGGAGCACCGACCGAUAUCCGUUACCCGGACUUUUACUGGUUCCUCUGGGCGCGUGUUUGCCCUCCGGUGGAUUAUCGAUCAGUGGUUAUCUGUCAGAGCGGAUCGAUUUUCUGGGAUGUGUCCGCCGGGCAGCAGCAGGUAGUUCCCGGUGCGUCUCUCCGCCUCUCCGCGCCCCGCCGGUUCCUCCGGUAACCCCCGGUAACCCUCCGCCGCUCCACCAUGAUCAGCUCCGAGGCCCUCCGCCCGGCCACCAACGGCAGGAAGCCGCUGGGGAAGCUGGCGUCCCGGCUGGAGGAGGUGAAGAACCCGUGGCGGCAGGUGUCCACGCUGGAGCUGAGCCACAACGAGGCGGCGCGGCUCGCCACGGACGCGCUGCUGGAGCUCGGAGAGAAGGAGUACCGGAGGGUGCUGGCCGAGGAGCGGGAGCUCAACUUCCUGUCCCCGCUGGAGAUCCGCUACAUCGGCCAGCAUGCGGCCAGCAGGACCAGCCCCGACGGCAACGGGGCCCCCGGGGCCGCAGACCGGGACUUCGGGGACGGGGACGCCGUGUCCGAGCUCACCUCCGGGACCUACUUCCCCAUGAUGUCCGACGAGGAGCCGCCGAUGCUGGAGCUCGGUUGGCCCGAAAGUCCGGCCCGGUACGGCCCGUCAGAGACCCAGAUCUACUUUCAGAGGGACAAGUCCCACAACAUCAAGGACCUGAUCCGGUCCCUCAUCAACAAGGCCAUGAAGGUCAUCGCCGUGGUGAUGGACGUCUUCACCGACGUGGACCUGCUCUGUGACCUGAUGGAGGCGUCCAACAAGCGGCGGGUUCCCGUUUACAUCCUGCUGGACGAGAAGAACCUGGGAUACUUCAGCGACAUGUGCUCAGCGCUGGACAUCCAGAACUCCCACCUCAGUAACAUGCGGAUUCGCAGCGUUUGCGGCGACACCUACUGCACCAAGAGCGGCAAGAAGUUCAGCGGCCAGGUCCUGGAGAAGUUCAUGAUCAUCGACUGUGAGGAGGUCAUCGCUGGAUCCUACAGCUUCACCUGGUUGUCGGCUCAGGUCCACAGCAACAUGGUGAUGCAUUUCUCGGGUCGCAUCGCCGACAGCUUCGACCGGGAGUUUCGUUGUCUGUACGCCGACUCGCAGAUCAUCGACUGCUUCUUCAACCCGGACGAGGACGGGAUGCCCUACUACCCGCCUUACCCGGCCAUGAUGGGCCCCGCCAUGGGCAUGGGGCUCGGCCCGGGCCUGACUUUGGAUCUGCUGUCCGACAGGCAGCGGGACAGAGUCUGUUCUGAAAACUCCAGCAGCCAAUCCAGUAACAGCGUCUCCAGUGUGAAGGCGGCGCCCGGAAUGACCUCCAACAACGUCUACAAGGUCACCCAGGGCCUCGACAAGAAAGAUCCCGGAGGUUCUCACCUGAGUCCUGAGAGGAGAGGCAGCGGAGGACAAACACCGACAUCUGGACUCCGAGGCUCGGCAAACGGAGUAACCAAUCACAGCCCGGUUUCCGACCGCCCGUCAUCGACCUACGGUCAGUCGAUGGGCAUCGAGUGGAACAAGCCCAACCCGGCGGACGUCAUGCGAGCGAACAUCGGUGGAACCUCCUCCAAGUUCCAGGCGUUGGGGUUGUAUGACCACAAACCCAGCAUGUUCCACAGCAGCGGUCUGGUUCCUGGAGCCCCCAACUCCAACCUGAACCCCAAGAACCCGACACCGGACAGCAAGCUCAACCCCAAGCAGAGGACUCCCCCCAGCAUCUUCAACAAACUCUCAGACAUGUUCCUGCCGCCCUCCAAAGACAAAGACACCUACAACUUCCGGAGGUCUCCGUCCCCUCAUGGCCCGUCGCCAUGGGGAGGACCGGACCUUUCCCAGCCCGAACCGGAGAGCCAGCAGAGCCCACCACCACCGGUGUCACCGCCCGCCUACAUGAACCGGCAUGACAACAAGCGAAUGACGCUGGGCCACAGCAAGCUGGACCUGGUGAACCAGUACAACAAGAUGAAGUCCAAGCAGGUUUACAGCCGCUUCGAGCUCAAGAGCAGCAACUAGACCCAGACCUCAGAACAAUUGGACUUAAUACGACUCACAGAGAAAAGACUCCAGCAGCUCAGAGAUGUUUUCCUGAAGUUACGUCUUCUUUACAGUUUCUUCCACAGUUCCUGCAGGAAAUCGAGUUUUUCUCUGAGAUUCUUGAAACCGUUCUGCCUCUUUUCUAACAUGAGGACCAAUAUCCGAUGCCGAAAAGUUCCACGUCUUUCUGUUGGUUCGUAGUUUACAGAAACCAUGAAUGGAAAUCAUGUUGUAAAAAUGCAAAAUCCAUCUGUUUCCAACAAUCACUGUCUGAGGAAUCAUGAUGAAAGCGUGAACAUUGGCUCUCAGCACUCUUUAGGGGUUUUUCUGCCCAAUUUUAUAAAAAACACCAACCUUGAACUAAGCUGUUAAUUCUCAUUUUUGUGUAAAUUAUAAGCGACAGCAGUUAUUGAGCAGGAUUUUUGUAUCUCCAGUUUGCCUCGUCCCUGAUCCAGAGGUGUGACGGCAGCAGGUACCAGGAACACUGAAAUCACCAAAUAAUGAAGACAGGGAUGCAUUUUUACAUAAAAUCUCACUGAAAAAACAACUUUAGCACUGAUUAAUGCUGCUAGCUGCUAAUGCUAACAACUAGCAUUAGCCUUGAGAACGCUGUUUGUGGAGAACGGCUGUGAACCAAAGAACUACUGAUGGUCACAGCUGGGAGAAACUGUCUCUACCUGCAGCCUUAUUAGCCUCAAUUAAUCCAAAUCCAACUGAAAAGCGAAUACAUUAAAUCGCUGCUCUUUCCUCCUGAGAUUAAACUCCACUUUUUUCCGUCACUUUGGAGGCGACUUUAAGGAAAAGUGCGUUAAAUAAGUUGGAGCUAGCAGUUUCCAUGAAGCUGGGAGGGUUUGUGAAAAGUAAUGGAUUAAUCCUGGAAGAGCGUUACUGUAAAACAUGAGAUUAAUGAACGUACCAACAAACCAGUCGACUUGGACACCGCAGCCCUAAAACCACCUUAAAUAUGACAUUUUCAUAGAAACAUGGAGUCAAUUCUAACAAUUCUUUGAAUUCUUGGUUAAUCCAGUGACUGUUUUUGUUUGAUUUAAUCCAGAAAAUGCAAUAAAAUAGCUAUGAAACCCCAAAUAUUCAGUUAACUUUAUUAUAUGAUGAGGAAAAACAGCAAAUUCUGUCAUUGGAGAAGCUGGAAUCUGAGAAUAUUUGUGCUGCUUCACUGCUUUUCCAUAAAAAAAAAACACUAAAAGGAGCGACUGACUGUCUAAACCACAGUCAGCUGGUCCAUUCAGUGUUUCAGCUUCACAUGUACACCGCCUAAAGGAAACACCAAGGACGCCUAAAGUACGAGGUCUUUUUAGCACAAAGGCGGCGUGUUAAAUGUCAGAAACCUUCCGUUUCUGUACGAGCAAACAUUAAAUGCUUUUCAGGAACGUGUUUUGAUGUAAAAAUGGAUCUUCUUCUACAACAGCUGGUGCCUUGAUCUUCCUGCCUUAAGGUUUACAGUCAGCUUUUACACAAACUGUAACGUUUCCACACAUAAAUUACUGUUUGUUAAGGUACAAAGAUGCAGAUUAGACUUUGUUUGUUCACCACAGGGAGGAAGAAAAGUUCUACUGUAAAUAGUUAGCUUCCUGCUGUUCUUGGAAAAUAGAAAUAAAAUGGGAAGUGAAGGGAUUCUGGGUGUUUAGAGGUGGUAAUGAGGUAAAGACUCUGUUUAAAGAUGUUAAAGUGAUGUUCUGUUUAUUAGGAUUGUUUCUUUAGACUGUACAGUUUGUUAGAUUUAAACAUGUUUACGUGUUUCAGUGACGGAUGUUCUUUAUCACGCUGCAUUACAGUUCAAAUCGACUAAAAUCAGACAUAAAACAACCAAAAUCUGACAUAAAUGGACCAAUAUCAGACAUAAAUGGACCAAUAUCAGACAUAAAUGGACCAAAAUCAGACAUAAAUGGAUCAAAAUCAGACAUAAAUGAACUAAAAUCUGACAUAAAUGGACCAAAAUCAGACAUAAGUGGACCAAAAUCAGACAUAAAUGAACCAAAAUCAGACAAAUGAACUAAAAUCUGACAUAAAUGGAUCAAAAUCAGACAUAAAUGGAUCAAAAUCAGACAUAAAUGAACUAAAAUCAGACAUAAAUGGACCAAAAUGAGACAUAAAUGAACCAAAAUCAGACAUAAAUGGAUCAAAAUCUGACAUAAAUGAACCAAAAUCAGACAUAAAUGAACCAAAAUCAGACAUAAAUGAACUAAAAUCUGACAUAAAUGGAUCAAUAUCAGACAUAAAUGGACCAAAAUCAGACAUAAAUGGAUCAAAAUCAGACAUAAAUGGACCAAAAUCAGACAUAAGUGGACCAAAAUCAGACAUAAAUGAACCAAAAUUAGACAUAAGUGGACCAAAAUCAGACAUAAAUGGAUCAAAAUCAGACAUAAAUGAACUAAAAUCUGACAUAAAUGGACCAAAAUCAGACAUAAAUGGAUCAAAAUCUGACAUAAAUGAACCAAAAUCAGACAUAAAUGAACUAAAAUCUGACAUAAAUGGAUCAAAAUCAGACAUAAAUGGACCAAAAUCAGACAUAAAUGGACCAAAAUGAGACAUAAAUGAACUAAAAUCAGACAUAAAUGGACCAAAAUCAGACAUAAAUGGAUCAAAAUCAGACAUAAAUGAACUAAAAUCAGACAUAAAUGGACCAAAAUCAGACAUAAAUGGAUCAAAAUCAGACAUAAAUGAACUAAAAUCAGACAUACAUGGACCAAAAUCAGACAUAAAUGGACCAAAAUCAGAAACAAAUGAACCAAAAUCAGAAACAAAUGAACCAAAAUCAGAAACAAAUGAACCAAAAUCGGACAUAAAUGGACUAAAAUCGGACAUAAAUGAACCAAAAUCAGACAUAAAUGAACUAAAAUCAGACAUAAAUGGACCAAAAUCAGAAACAAAUGAACCAAAAUCGGACAUAAAUGGACCAAAAUCAGACAUAAAUGGAUCAAAAUCAGACAUAAAUGAACUAAAAUCAGACAUAAAUGGACCAAAAUCGGACAUAAAUGGACCAAAAUCAGACAUAAAUGAACUAAAUGAGACGCGGUUUCGAGGUAAAGAUGCUGUUUAAAGAUGUUAAAGUGAUGUUCUGUUUAUCAGGAUUGUUUUUUCAGACUGUACAGUUAUUUAGAUUUAAACAUGUUGUUUACGUGUUGUUUCCGUGACGGAUGAUCUUCGUCACGCUACAGGGCUCCUCCAUCAUUCCUCCUCAGCAGCUCCGGUAGAAACACACACAUCUUUAAGCAAUAACGGUUGAUGAUGAUCAGUGACUUUGAUGUGUUUGUUUUCUUGUUUAGAUUUUCUGUCGUCUGUUUGGACGUUCUGCUGUACAGACUGUAAGGAUUUACUGUUGGAAAAAAGACUCUUCAACUGAUUUAUUUUAUUUUUACAGUUUAUUUACUUGAGAAUGUGAAAUUUCUGUUUAAGUUGGACCUAAUUUGUAAGAUGAACAAGAUUUAAUAAAAACUGCAGGAUGAA